GGCAGGACCAUGGGAAGAGGACUUCUCAAUGGACACAGAACUAGUUUUGAAAACUUUCCAAAGACACCGGGGAACUAAAAGACACCAAAUAACCACUUUACAUACGUUUCUUUAAGUUAUGUCGAGCGUUUCACUUUGUUUUUUGACCAUUUGCAGCACACUUUGAGCUGUGUUUUUGUACUUUCGUAUUUUUUUCAGAGUUAUUUCCUGUUGGUGCCUGGAAAACAGGGAAUGGGAAGUUUACUCGCUCUUGUUUGGUUCAGUAUAUAGUUCAAGUUAUUUGGAAAUGAAAGUACGUGUUUUAUAAAGCCUGGUCGCGUCCCCUGAAGUUAAUGCAGAUAACUUGGGAUGACUGCAGCCGCCUCCCGUGGAAAAGACAACACUGUGACUCGGACCCACGCUAUGGGCAACAAAGAAAACCUCUCAACAACUGGGCAAGUUAUUUACUAACCACCGAACAUACUCAGCAUUUAAAAUUUGUGUAUUAGUAGAGUUGGAGGAAAUGAACACACCGCCACAAUGGGAAGGGAAUUAUAAAUGAGUCGUUUGGCAAACAAAGGAGGACACCUCUGUCGGACUGAAUGCCGCCGAGCAAAGGGAAAGCCUUGCGAGAAAUGGAGGAGGAAGGUUCACUUGAACCAAACAAGAUACUGGCAAAGGUCGCAUUUUUGUCUGGCUUUCGGGCCACCUUUUUAUAACAAAGCUUCUUAGUUUCACCCUACUAUCUAUCAAAACAUUCUUUCCUUUGCCAAUGCUGCGAGGGUAUUCAAGUCGCGUGUGAAAAUGAGGGUGGAUGUGUUGCAGUUGCUUGUGAUUUUGCUGCUGAGUGUCGGCGGCGGAGGCUCGGUGGUAUCAUCUGAUUGCAAAUCAUAUGAUGAACGCUCGAAAAGCGCUGGGAAGAGCCCGACGUCCGACAGGAAAGUGGUCUGCAGCAACAUGGAGCUCCAUCAGGUGUUACCGCCGGACUCCUUCCCCAACAGAACAGUCACACUAAUUUUAAACAACAAUAAGAUUCAAGAACUCAGAAAUGGAUCCUUCUUUGGAUUGUCUACGCUGGAAAAAUUGGACCUGCGGAGUAACAUGAUCAGUCGCAUUGAACCAGGCGCUUUCCUUGGAUUGCCAACACUAAAAAAACUAGACUUGUCCAACAACAGCAUUGGCUGUCUGAACAUAGACAUCUUCAAGGGCCUCACCAGUCUGAUCAGACUAAACCUUUCAGGGAACAUGUUCUCUUCAUUGGCUCAGGGGACCUUUGACAGUUUGGUGUCUCUGAAGUCACUGGAGUUUCAGACACCUUACCUGCUGUGUGACUGCAACCUUCUGUGGCUGCUGCGUUGGAUCAGAGAGAGGAACAUUGCAGUUAAGAACACCAAGUGCGCCUACCCCCAGUCUCUUCAGGGUCAGCUCAUAACCCCCAUCAGGCCAGAGCUCCUCACCUGUGAUGCUCCUCUUGAGCUGCCCUCCUUCCAGCUGACUCCGUCCCAGCGCCAGGUCGUCUUUCAGGGGGACAGCCUGCCGUUCCAGUGUCAGGCCUCCUUUGUGGCCGAGGACAUGCAGGUGCUGUGGUACCAGAACGGCCGCAUGGUCAAGCCCGACGCUGCCCAGGGUAUUUUCAUCGAGAAGCGCAUGGUGCAGAACUGCUCCCUGAUUGCCAGUGCGUUGACCAUCUCGAACAUCCAGCCUGGUUUUACUGGGAACUGGGAGUGCCGGAUCUGGACGAGCAGGGGCAACACCACCAGGACUGUGCACAUUGUGGUGUUGGAGAGUUCUGCCAAGUACUGCGCACCUGAACGCAUUUCCAACAACAAGGGAGAGUUCAGGUGGCCACGCACCCUGGCAGGGAUCAGAGCCUACCUCCCGUGCAACAGACUGCCAUCAAGCGCGGGCACCUACUCGGGGAGUUCAGCUGAAGAACAGCGGGCGUGGCGCUACUGUGACCGAGAGGGGCUGUGGGCGGAGGAUGACUACUCCCGCUGCCAGUUCCAGAAAGAUGUCACUAGAUUUCUCUAUGUCAUCAACCAGAUGCCUCUGAAUGAGAGCAAUGUGGUUCCCAGGGCUCGACGUCUCCUGGUCUACACAAUUGAUGCUGCCAACUUCUCUGACAAGAUGGACAUCAUCUUUGUGGCGGAGAUGAUUGAGAAGUUUGGCAAGUUUGUUGAGAAGUUUAAAGAUCUAGGUGAGGUGAUGGUGAGCAUGGCCAGCAACUUGAUGCUGGCUGACGAGAGGGUGCUGUGGAUGGCUCAGCGGGAAGCCAUGGCCUGCUCCCGCAUCAUCGCCUGCCUCCAGAAGAUUGCCGUCUACCGCCUGGCAACAGCACAAGCUUUCUCCCUGACGUCCCCCAAUAUUGCACUGGAGGCCCACACUGUCAGGGCCAAUGACUGGAACGGCAUGACCUGCAUGUUGUUCCAGAGGCCCAACCCCGAGCGGACACCCAGCCAGGACCGCCAGCUCACCUUCAAAUGCAACACCACCAGCUCCUUCUCCAGCAUCCUUCACAAGAGCACCUUUGUGGAGGCUUCCCUGCAGCUUCCUCAGUCUCUCUUUACCCAGGCUGCAGUCCCUGGGCAGGCAGAGGACACAGUCUACAAGCUCCACCUACUGGGCUUUCGCAAUGGCAAGUUUUUCCCCUCCACUGGCAACUCCUCCCAACUGGCUGAUGGAGGGAAGAGAAGGAGUGUGGCUACACCCGUCAUCAUGGCCAAGAUAGACGGCAUAUCCCUGCAUGUCUUGCGGACCCCCGUCAACAUCACCCUGCGGCGGUUUGCCCGCGGCUCAGACGCUGUGUCUGCCUGCUGGAACCUCAGCUUGGUGGGAGGUCAGGGAGGAUGGCAGAGCGACGGCUGCCGCAUCCUGGGCCAUCAUGACAACUUCACCACCAUAUCCUGCAACGCGCUCGGCAACUAUGGCCUGCUCAUGGACCUCAGCAGUAUUGAGUAUUUUUCUCCCGGUAUCCAGCCCCUGCACCCAGUCAUCUACGCCACUACUAUUAUACUCCUCCUCUCUCUGCUCACCAUUAUUGUUAGCUACAUCUACCAUCACAGGUCUGUCCGUGUGAGCCGCAAGUUUUGGCACAUGUUGGUCAACCUCUGCUUCCACAUCUCCCUCACCUGCGCGGUCUUUGUAGGUGGCAUCAAUCAGAUACGCUAUGCAAGCGUCUGCCAAGCAGUGGGUAUCUUGCUGCACUAUUCUACUCUGGCUACAGCUCUGUGGGUGGGCGUGACUGCACGCAACAUCUACAAACAGGUGACACGCAAGGCCAAGCGCUAUGAGGAGCUGGACGAGCCUCCACCACCACCGCGGCCUAUGCUGAGGUUUUACUUAAUCGGUGGAGGGAUACCCAUCAUUGUCUGUGGGAUCACUGCAGCAGCUAACAUCAAAAACUACGGAAGCCGGACCAAUGCGCCAUAUUGCUGGAUGGCAUGGGAGCCCAGCAUUGGAGCUUUUUAUGGCCCAGUAGGAUUCAUCAUUUUUGUGGACUUCAUGUACUUCCUCAGCAUCCUCCUCCAGUUGCGCCGCCACCCUGAGCGCCGUUAUGAGCUCAAGGAGCCGACCGAAGAGCAGCAGCAUCUGGCUUCAGCCAACGCGGAGGCUGGGCCAGAUGGUCCCCGCAGCCACUGCCAUCCCCUCACUCUCCAGCUCCAGCCUCACGAGGCAUCGUCCUCCAUAAUGUCUGCUCCCCAUGCCGUGCCCCUGUCGGCUCUGGAGAAUGAGCACACCUUUUCUGCCCAGCUGAUGGGUGCAGCAGGGGCAUUAGGGUUGUAUGCAGCCCUCUGGGUGUUCGGCGCCAUGUCUGUAUCGCAGGACCACCCCUAUGACUUGGCUUUUACCUGCUUGUUCGGGGUGGCUGCACUGGCACUGGGGGCAUUCAUGGUGGCACAUCACUGUGUCAACAGACAGGACAUGAGGCGCUAUUGGUCCCAGGCUUGUUGCUCUGGGAGGCGAGCCUACUCUGCACAGGAGGACGUCCUUCUGCCUCAGCCAGACGUGGCAGUAACAUCCACAGCAGGAUCUGCUAAUAAGGCAGAUGGGGAGUCAACAAAGUGUGGCCACAGCAGUGCAGACUCUUCCUAUACAAAUAAGAGUGCCCCAAGCAUGCGCAACUCCACCCAUGGCAGCAAGCUGACCAAUCUUCACGCAGAAGCAGCUCAGUGCAAGUCUGCCUCAGCACCGGCGACAGCCAACGGUGCAGCCGUUUUAGACAACAGCCUCACUGAGCAUUCACUAGACAAUGAAAUUAAAAUGCAUGUAGCACCAGUCGAGGUGCAGUUCCGCCCAAUGAACAACAUCACCAAUCCAACAGCUGCCACUAACGGACACGCGAGCAGGCAUCACAAAAACAGAGCACGAGCACACAGAGCAAGUCGUCUGACUGUAUUGCGAGAGUACGCCUACGACGUGCCAACCAGCGUGGAAGGCAGCGUGCAGGGUGCCCCCCACAGGCGGCACCACCAUUAUGACGUAGCGGCACGCAAUAGCCGUCGGGCAGCCUACAUGGCCUACAGGGAGCGCCAUCAAAGCCAGCUGCAGCAGGACAGCAGUGACAGUGCGAGCCUGCCACGCCGCUCCCGCUACUCAGGAAAAGCGGGCAGCGGCACCUUGGGGAACGGGACAGUGGUGACUGUAGAGGCCGAACAGGUUGCUGCUACUGCGGCGUCAAGCUCGGGUAAAGACUCUGGUCCUGUAAAGCAGCCCAGCAGCACAGAACUAGAAAGCCAGCCCAAGUCAUAUGGGCUCAACCUUGACACUCAAAAUGGUGGCACACUUAAAGAAAACGGGCAAGCAGUGCCUUUAAUCAGCACAGAGAGUGCAGCCAGUGUAAAGACCGGCUUGUGGAAACAUGAAACUACUGUGUAGCGACGGUUUCCGUCCCAAAGACUGCAUAGUUAUAUGCUCUUGUCUUUAAACUGUGAAAUGUCUUUUUUUGUUGUUGUUUUUCGAUUGUACAUUUCUUUCUUGGAAAAAGAGUCCUUUGAAAAUAAUUAUUGGAAAAAAAAACUAGCCACAUUUUUGCCACUGAAUUGUUUUUGUAGAUAUGUUUUUGUAAAUGGUCUAUUUUUAUAACUUUUAAUCCAACUCCUUAUUCCAUUCGAGAGUUCUGUAAAUGAAACUGCAUGGUCUGAGCUGUGGCCCUGUGCAUACCCUUACCUUGGGGCUUUUUUUUUUUUCCAUUUUCUAGUUUGUCCCAACAAUAAUAAAACAAAAGUUCCAUUUA